UUGACUACCAUUACUUCUUCCUUUGUUCUCUGGUAUGUCUGGGAUGGUGGCUCUGCGGAUCCCCAGAGGUCUUUGGACAGCAGCUGUGAUGGUGACCCUGGCGGUGCUGAGCACCCCAGGGGCCGAGGGCAGAGACUCUCCAGAGGAUUUCGUGUACCAGUUUAUAGGCCAGUGUUACUUCACCAAUGGGACAGAGCGGGUGCGGGGUGUGAAAAGACAGAUCUACAACCGGCAGGAGCACGUGCGAUUCGACAGCAACGUGAAUGAGUUCCGGGCGGUUUCCCCGCUGGGGCGGCAGGACGCCGAGUACUUCAACAGCCAGAAGGACAUCCUGGAGCGGGCGCGGGCCGAGGUGGACACGGUGUGCAGACACAACUACCAACUGGAGCUCAUCACAUCCUUGCAGCGGCGAGUGGAACCUACAGUGACCAUCUCCCCAUCCAGGACUGAGGCUCUAAACCACCAUAGCCUGCUGGUCUGCUCGGUGACAGAUUUCUAUCCAGGCCAGAUCAAGGUUCAGUGGUUCCGGAAUGACCAGGAGGAGACAGCUGGCAUUGUGUCCACCCCUCUUAUUAGGAAUGGGGACUGGACCUUCCAGAUCCUUGUAAUGUUGGAAGUGACCCUUCAGCGAGGAGAUGUCUACACCUGCCGCGUGGAGCACCCCAGCCUCCAGAGCCCCAUCAUGGUGGAGUGGCGAGCACAGUCUGAAUCUGCCCAGAGCAAGAUGCUGAGUGGUGUUGGGGGAUUCGUGCUGGGGCUGAUCUUCCUCAGCCUGGGCCUCAUUGUGCAUCACAGGAGCCAGAAGGGGCUCAUGCGCUGACUCCUGAGGAUGCUCUGAUGGGAACUGGUUCUGCUCUUCUGUAAUAGCUGUUUGUUUUUGCCCAGAAUUCUCAGCUGCCCAUCAGCCUGUUCCUCUGAGAUCAGAUUCUACAGUGAUUCUGACACAGUCACCAGGUCACUUCCUGUGACCCCCUUCCCCUCCCUCCCCACCCUGCCAGAGAUCUGGCUGUGAAGCUGCUUUUUGCACUGACCCUGGAGCCUCUGCCUGUGUGCUGCCAACAGUGUCUAAUCAGACCCCAAGGGAUUUUUCUCUUUCCAUUCUCCCUCCACAGACUGUUCAAGAGAAGGUCAUUGAAACCAUUA